AUGUUGUCUGCUAGAAGUUCGUUGAGAAGCAUUGCUCGUCAAUUACCAACCUCCACUAGAUUUGCCGCUGUUCGUGCACAAUCCACCACAGCUGCCCCAACUGGUCCAGUCAUUGGUAUUGACUUGGGUACCACCAAUUCAGCUGUAGCUGUUAUGGAAGGUAAAACUCCAAAGAUUUUGGAAAACUCUGAAGGUGGAAGAACUACUCCAUCCAUUGUUGCAUUCACCAAGGAUGGCGAAAGAUUAGUUGGUAUUCCAGCUAAACGUCAAGCUGUUGUUAACCCAGAAAACACUUUGUUUGCCACCAAACGUUUGAUUGGUCGUAGAUAUGAAGAUAAGGAAGUUCAAAGAGAUAUCAAUCAAGUUCCUUACAAGAUUAUCAAGCACGGAAAUGGUGACGCUUGGUUAGAAGCUAGAGGCGAACAAUAUUCACCACAACAAAUUGGUGGUUUCAUUUUGAACAAAAUGAAAGAAACCGCUGAAGCUGCUUUGGGUAAAAAGAUCAACAGUGCCGUUGUCACCUGUCCAGCUUACUUUAACGAUGCUCAAAGACAAGCUACCAAAGAUGCCGGUAAAAUUGUUGGAUUGAACGUUUUGAGAGUUGUUAACGAACCAACUGCCGCUGCUUUGGCAUAUGGUUUGGAAAAGAAGGAUGGUGAAGUUGUUGCUGUUUUCGAUUUGGGUGGUGGUACUUUUGAUAUUUCCAUCUUGGACAUUGGUGCUGGUGUUUUCGAAGUCAAAUCAACUAAUGGUGACACUCACUUGGGUGGUGAAGAUUUCGACAUUGCAUUGGUUAGAAAUAUCGUUGACACUUUCAAAAAGGAAACUGGUAUUGAUUUGGAAAAGGAUAGAAUGGCCAUUCAACGUAUUAGAGAAGCCGCUGAAAAGGCCAAGAUUGAAUUGUCAUCCACUGUUUCUACUGAAAUCAACUUGCCAUUCAUCACUGCUGAUGCUUCUGGUCCAAAACACAUUAACCAAAAGAUUACCAGAGCACAAUUUGAACAAUUGGUUGAGCCAUUGAUCAAAAAGACCAUUGAACCAUGUAAGAAGGCUUUGAAAGAUGCUGGAUUAUCUACUUCAGAUAUUUCUGAAGUUAUCUUGGUUGGUGGUAUGUCAAGAAUGCCAAAGGUUAUUGAGACUGUUAAAUCCAUCUUUGGAAAACAACCAUCCAAGGCUGUUAACCCAGAUGAAGCUGUCGCUUUGGGUGCCGCCAUUCAAGGUGGUAUCCUUGCUGGUGAAGUUAAAGAUGUCGUUUUGUUGGAUGUUACUCCAUUGUCCUUGGGUAUUGAAACCAUGGGUGGUGUUUUCGCUAGAUUGAUUGCUAGAAACACCACUAUUCCAGCCAAGAAAUCACAAAUUUUCUCAACUGCAUCUGCUGGACAAACCUCGGUUGAAAUCAGAGUUUUCCAAGGUGAAAGAGAAUUGACCAGAGACAACAAGUUGAUUGGUAACUUUACCUUGUCAGGUAUUCCACCAGCACCAAAAGGUGUUCCACAAAUUGAAGUCACUUUCGACAUUGAUACUGAUGGUAUCAUUAAGGUUUCUGCUCGUGAUAAAGCUUCCAACAAGGAUGCUUCCAUCACUGUUGCCGGAUCAUCUGGUUUAUCUGAUGCUGAAAUUGAAAAGAUGGUCAAUGAUGCUGAGAAAUAUGCUGAAUCCGAUAAAUCCAAGAGAGAAGCUAUUGAAGCUGCCAACAGAGCUGAUCAAUUGUGUAACGACACUGAAAACUCGUUGAAUGAACAUAAAGAGAAAUUGUCCACUGAAGCCGUUGACAAAGUUAAAGAACACAUCGAAAGAUUGAGAGAAAUUGUCUUGAAAGCACAAGCCGGUGAAGAAGUUGUUGCCGAAGACUUGAAGGCCAAGACCGAAGAAUUGCAAAAUGCAGCUAUUGAUCUUUUCAAGGAUUUGUACAAAGACGGUGGUGAACAAUCAUCAUCUGAAGAAAAGAAGGAAUAG